GAAUAUCAACAGAACAGGAGUCAGAGGCAGACAAGCAAAGGAAUCCACUGAAUCCUGGCUCCCCCUAGGUUUACGUAACGUAGAAGGAAGACACAGAUACAUAGUCUGAGAACUAAAAAAGGAGAAGAAAAAAAACCUAAAAGUUGUGUGUCAAUGAUGUUUGGUGGGAGAAGCAUGGGCGGAGGAGGUGGAGGAGGAAGCAUGUUUAAGGCUGUGAGUAGGGCAGCAGUCACCAGAACUAUUGCUGGUGGCCCACCAAUUCAAGAACCCCUAUCUUCUUCUUCCAGUUCUACUGCUGCUAAUACCACCACCACAAAUACUACCGCCACCUCCACUUCCAGGCACAACCAGAAGCCCAGUUCUUCCCACAACCUCUCUCUCUCCUCACCCACUUCUCCUUUUUCCUCAUGCAAUAUUCCUCUGGCUUCCAAUUGUGGGACACCCAGUUGGCCUUCUUCCCCUCGCUUUGAUGAUUUUGAUUGGGUGACUGUGGAUAAUGGGGUUAGCAGUGAGGAUGAUGAGAGGCUUUCACAUGGGUUUAUGGAUGAUUUUGUUCUUGGACCUGUUCCUUCCAAGCAUGAAGUUCACAAUGCUGUCUCUGCCCUUCAACAGGUUCUCAGUCCUUUCAUCAGGGAUAAGUUUGGUUCUGAGUCAGACAGAGAUGUGGAUGAUCAAAUUACAAGUCCUUCUGCUGGGUUUGUGCACCCAGCACCUUCAGCUGGGUCAGAAUUAGAUUGGAUGGAGCCGUCUGCCUAUCUUUGUAAUAAUUCAAAAAUGUUGCAGUCUCACGGUGUUGAGAGAGUUUAUGAUGCUUUCCAUCUCUUGCAGACUGAGUCUUCUGUGCAGAGAAUGGUGAUGGCAUUGUCAUCUGAUACAGCGGUUUGGGAUGCUGUGAUGAACAAUGAGGUGGUGCGCGAGCUCCGGGAGUCCUUCUAUGCAGAUGAAGACAAUAGCUCCGAGAGUCCACAAGAGAAUUCCAAUGAUAACAACGAUAAAGCUACAAACAUUGUGAAGUGGAUCUUUCAAAAUACUAUGGCAAAAGUCAUGGAAGCAAUCGAGAAAAUUACAAAGGUCAUGGGCGGCUUCUUUCAACCUCCAAGCAGUAAAAACGCGAAAGCAGAAGCCAGCAAUCGCUUUGAGGACAAGCUGAAAACAUCAUUCAUGCUCUCCGUUGUGGUCCUGUUGAUUGUGGUGGUUACUCGAACCCACAAGGCUUAACCCUAAAUCCGACGACAUCACGUUGUACAUCCCCAUUGGAUGACUUGCUGCUGAAGUUUUCCAAUCCUCUGCAUUGUUAGGCAGUUUAUGUUUCAAACUGUGCUUUGUUAUGGUCUUCCAGUGCUGGUACAUUUGCAGGUUGCCUGUAAUAUGGGGAUUUAUGGAUAUUACCUAUGAUUUUUGUUUAAUAUUGUUAAAUUUACCCUUUUUUCAGAGA